CCGGCACUUUCAAAGAACUGCCGCCUCCAUGUGCCUCCUGUUGUGAUGGUUUCUCUCUAGUCGGGCUACUUAUCUACUGUCUUCUAUUAAUAUCUGGUGUAAGAACACAAAGCAAUGGCCUCUGGAGAUAUUGCUCAGAUUACUGAGGCUCUCGCCAAGACCCAUGUUGGAGAAGUGGAAUUAAGUUAUAAGGGACGAGGGCUGAAGUUGGACAAUGUUGAGUCAGUGAAAGAGAUUGUGCAGGAGAUUGAACAGCGUCAGGGUCUGCAAUCUCUCAGGUUAGAGGGAAACACAUUGGGAGUUGAAGCAGCACAGGCGAUUGCAAAGUCUCUUGUAGCAAAAAGGGAGUUGGAGCAAUGCCAUUGGAGUGACAUGUUCACGGGUCGCCUUCGCUCUGAAAUUCCACCUGCUUUGAAAUCAUUAGGCAAUGCUUUGAUGACAUCAGGGGCCAGACUGACUCAUCUGGACUUGAGCGAUAAUGCCUUCGGCCCUGAUGGUGUAAAGGGAAUUGAAAGCCUUCUGAAGAGCUCUGCAUGCUACACCUUACGUGAGCUCAGGCUUAAUAAUUGUGGCAUGGGCAUUGGAGGGGGUAUGGUCCUUGCUUCUGCUUUGACUGAAUGCCAUAAGCAGUCUAGUGCAGCUGGCUCCCCCCUGAGGUUAAAAGUCUUCAUAGCUGGACGUAAUCGGCUCGAGAAUGAUGGUGCCACUGCACUUGCUAAAGCAUUUAAGUUAUUAGGCAGUCUUGAGGAGGUCCAUAUGCCACAGAAUGGAAUCAACCAUCCUGGUAUCACUGCUUUAGCCACUGCCUUAAAGCACAACCCAAACCUUCAGGUCGUCAACCUCAACGACAACACCUUUACUAAAAAAGGCUCGAUAGCCAUGGCUGAGGCUAUUAGGCACCUCCAGUGUCUUAAGGUCAUCAAUUUUGGGGACUGUUUGGUCCGCUCAGAAGGUGCUAUUGCUAUAGCAGGGGCCCUUAGAGUGGGACUGCCAUCCCUCAGGGAGCUGAAUUUGUCAUUUGGAGAGAUUUGUGAGGCCGCGGCUGUAGUGGUUGCAAAGGCUGUUCAGGGGAAAGCUGAUCUGGAGAAACUGGACCUCAAUGGAAAUUGCUUUGGAGAGGAAGGCUGUGAGGCUCUCAGGGAAAUGAUGGAGGGCAUGAACAUGGAAGAUCUGCUUGGCUCACUCAGUGAUGAUGAAGGAGACCCUGAAGAUGAUGAUGAGGAGGAGGAGGAGGAGGAGGAGGAGGAAGAGGAAGCAAAUGAGGAAGAGAAUGGACAUGAAGAAGAUGCAAAGGAAAAUGGCGUCAAUGGAACAAAAGAUGUUAUUGAAGAAAAGGAGGAGGCUCACUGUGGUCCUGAGCUGAAGUCCUUUCUCAUCUCCCCAUCAGCUGAGAAACUGAUCUCCCUUGGAGCCAAAAGGAUCCAGGUCAUUGAGCAGCAGGUUGACAUCUCAGAUGCUAGUAAGGUGUCAGAAGUUUUUCUCAAGAUCUCAUCAGUAUACAAAGAUGAACCAGAAGUCAAGCAAGCUAUUUUUGAGAGCACUGAUGCCCUGUUAAGGAAAGCCUUUUCCAACUCCCACUCUCAAUCUUAUAGUUUUAUCACCUCACUGAUAGUGAACCUGGGACUUUUAAAGAGUGAAGAUAAGAAGAUAAAGAAGGUAACUGUCCUGCCCGGACACUUGCUCGCUUUGGAGCACGCAGCUGCACAGGAGUUUUUCCCAGCAGAUCAGGCUGGAGUUCUGGAAGUGUUUGUGUCACGAAACUGCAAAGUCUUAGAAUCCUGCUGCAAUGCAAGAGAUGCUCUCAAGACCACUUUGAUGAAAAGGACCACUGCUUAAAUCUUAACCCCAAUUACAGAGCCACUGAAAUUACUUAAUACGGGUCAAAUUAAAAAAAAAAAAAAAAGAAAGAAAGAAAAGAAAA